AUGGCUCUCAAACUGAAUGGUUGUUCCAAACCUCCUCAAUUGGGCUUUGCAACUCUUGAGCGUGCUAAUUCUAGGAUAAGAGUCGAUUUAACAUGUGAUCUUGAGAAAUGCCGCAAGUGGGAAUGUUCUUGUUUGAGUGCUUUGGCACAUAGAGCUUUGACACCAGUUGAAGACGGGAAGCCUGAUGUGAAUGGAAUUGAGUCUUCUGGGGAUGCUGCUUUGGUCCGUGUUCAGCUAAAUGAGUUGAAGGGGUUUCACAAGGAUGUUAACCUGCUUCCUAAGCCAUUAAUGGCCAAUGAUUUUUCUUCUUUAAGAGAUGGAUCAAAGGUGCGGGUUGCUUAUCAGGGCCUUCCAGGAGCACAUAGUGAAGAUGCAGCUUUUAAAGCAUAUCCAAAAUGUGAGACAGUGCCAUGUGAUGAGUUUGAGACUGCAUUCAAGGCAGUUGAGUUGUGGUUAGCAGAUAAAGCUGUUCUACCCAUUGAAAGUUCAGUUGGUGGAAGCAUCCACCGUAAUUAUGAUUUACUUCUUCGCCAUAGACUACACAUUGUUGGGGAGGUGCAGUUACAAGUUAACCACUGCCUCUUAGGAUUGGCAGGUGUAAGAAAAGAGGAGCUAAAAGGGGUUGUAAGUCAUCCUCAGGCUCUUGCUCAGUGUGAGAUGAUGCUUAGUGGUUUAGGUGUUGCCAAAAUUACUGCAAAUUGUACUGCUGCGGCUGCUAAGGCAGUGGUCUCAACGGGAAUAAGGGACACUGGAGCUAUUGCAAGUUCUAGGGCAGCAAAAAUAUAUGGCCUUGACAUUCUUGCAGAAGGAAUUCAGGAUGAUGAUGAUAAUAUCACUCGCUUUUUGGUACUUGCAAGAGAGCCUAUAAUUCCAGGAAUUGACAGGCCCUAUAAGACUAGCAUUGUUUUCAGUCUAGAAGAAGGUCCUGGUGUACUAUUCAAAGCCCUGGGAGUAUUUUCUUUGAGGAACAUUGAUUUGUCAAAGAUAGAGAGCCGUCCACUGAAGCAGUGUCCAUUAAGGCUUGUUGAUGAUUCAAAUGAAAGGAGUGCCAAGUACUUUGACUACCUUUUCUAUAUUGAUUUUGAAGCUUCUAUGGCAGACCCUCGUGCACAAUAUGCUUUAGAAAAUUUGCAGGAAUAUACAAGAUUUAUUCGUGUUCUUGGUUGUUAUCCCAUGAAUAGAUUAUAA